AUGGAGGCGUCUGGCCGAGCGCAUUAUAUCAAAGCGGCGUUGAUUCCGUUGAUAUCGAUCAUUAUUUGUGCGGUGAGCUACGGUAUUCUUAUCAGGACCGUUAAAAAUAACACCAUCCAUACACGUCGUAAAGAUAUUCGAUUGAGCAUUCAAGUCGUUGGUCUACUUAUCGCUUUACUCAUCACAUGCAUUCAUUUCUGUGCACAGUAUAUUUUUAACAAAAAUAAUAUGACAAACUACGUGUACAGUAUGCGUCAGUUCACUCCACUAUGGAUCGGAGUAUUGACGUUCAUCAAUCCGUGGAUGGUCAUGCUAUUGAAUCGUCCACUUCGACAAGCGGUUAUCUUCAAACGCCGCGAAAACACAGCUCGUGUGUUUGGAUCGCGGACGAUUCAACCGAAGUCGAUGUUCAACGAAACGGGAUAA